AAUAGUUGACAAAAAAUGUGUCAACAACGUAGAUAAAAUUGAGAAUGCUAGGAUAGUAAUCACGAUAUAUAAUUGCAUUUAAUUAUUAAAGGAUAUGGUAUAUAAACCAUGUUAGAAUCGCAUCUAUGUAAUUAAUUAUCAUAUAGUAUUAUAACGUAUAAUACUUGGCCACAUAAAGAGGUGGGGCACGGUCCAAAUGGAGUCUCAUGAAGACGGAAGUGCAAAACGCGGCCGUGGUCGUGGUCGCGGAAGGGGCCGUGGUAGAGGCAGAGGACGUGGCAGAGGCAAGAAGAGAACUGUCCAAGGCGCCCAAUCUGAUGAGGAAACUUCAAUGGACCAUGACAACACUGCAACUGUACAUACGGAAGAAGUCGAGGUUCCAACUACAGUAACUGAAACAAACGAAGAGGUAGUUGCGCCCACUGAAUCAAAUAAAGAAAAUGAAAGCGAAACUAAAACGCCGGCACAAAUUGCAUCAAGUACUGCUGCGGUAACCAACUCUACAAGUGAAGUUUCAGCAACAACAAAUUCAACUCCUGCUGUUGAUAAUACUAUAGCUUCUAACGCUGCUGCAAACUCAAACGAAGACCAAAGUCAAGUAACAGCUGUGGCGCCAACAAUUGAUAUGGAAGCGGACAUAUCUCAACUUGAAGCACCAACAUUUACAACAAUUUCAAGAGGGCCACCAGAACCUAUGUUACGCCUAAAAUGGGAUCAUAAAGUUAAUUUAAUUGGUGAAAAAGUCCUAAAUCCCAUGAUACACUGUUGUGACCAAUGUGAAAAACCAAUUUUGCUGUAUGGUAGAAUGAUACCAUGUAAACAUGUGUUUUGUUUAAAAUGUGCACGUACUGAACCUGUUAAAACAUGUCCACGCUGUAACGACAAGGUUUUACGUGUUGAGCAAUCUGGUUUGGGUACUGUUUUUAUGUGCACACACGGUGGAAGUAGAUAUGGAAACACUGGAUGUAGGCGCACCUAUUUAUCUCAGAGAGACUUGCAGGCUCAUAUCAAUCAUCGACAUGUGUCCCAACAACCACAAUUACCUCAAUCCAAUAACUCAGCUAUAAAUGAUGCAAAAAUGGACCAAAAUUUGGAAACAUUAAAAUCAAUUGGAAAACAACGGAAGCUCUCCGAAACAACGCCUGCAACAAAUACACAAACUUCCACGACAUCGGUGCCACAGCGUACUCAAAAUCGCAGCACUAGCAAUAUCGGCAGCAUACCACCACCGGGAACAGCAAACGCAACAACAGCACAAACAACAACACACUCUCAUUCCACACUAACCCAAGCAAAUCUGGCACGCAUCAAUACUGCAAAUGCUCAAGAUUGCCACCAAGGAAAGGUAGCACUGCAUCAAACGCUUAAAAAGACACCAAUUACGCAGUCACAUCAUCAACCACCAGAAACAGUGGCGGAUGCAUCAUAUUAUAGCAGUGUGCUAAAUUCCUUUGGCGGUGCUAGUGGUGGUAAUAAUUCGGUUGGUGGCAACAGCACGAAUAGCACUGGCGUUACUGGCACACAGAGUAGCAACGGUGGUAGUAACAGCGGUACAAAUAACGCAACUACAAAUGGACAAAGCACUAACGCAGUUCCAUUCACAAAUUCGAAAUCGUAUGAACCAGCAACCGGUGUGGCAGCAUCCAAAAAUCAAUAUUACAGAUGAAUAGGAAGGCUAAGAUAUAUAAGGAUGGCAUACAUUUUGAGUACCGCCACAUUAUUUAGAACUGACGUUUAUAUUUUAAAUCCAUAGGCUAAAAUGAAUUUCUAUGUAAAAGAUGCUUAGACAAAAACCUGAACAAAGGAUAUUACUUAUUUUAUUAUUUGGCAAUAUUUUUCUUUUUUUCUAUAAACAAUUUACUUGCUUGCAUGUGUA